AAGAAAGUCCCUCACAAUCGAAGAAUCUCGCCGACUACGAGCAUCUUCUCUUCACUCCCGGCGAUGGUGGCCACACGGAGCAGUAAGAAGCUACGUGCUUCGAAGAUCUCAGAUCCAACCUUAUUCCGUUCUCUCGCUUCAUCUCUUGCUUCCACUCAGGUUUCUAAGCAGCCAUUGUUGAAACAUCUGUUGUGCAUUCUGAGUAAGCUAUCAUCAACUCAACCGAUAAACUGGGAUAGUUGCGACGUUGCCUCACACAAUUGGAACCUCAAAUCCAGUGGAGAGCAAGUGGAAUCCAUCAGUUUCGUUGAUGUUUGUAACCUCUCUGAUGUGUUGUUCAUGGAGCUUGAUAAUAGUUUCGAAAGCCUGUUCUCUACUUUACGCAAAAAGAAUGCUGAGAGUUGUUACACAUUUGCAAGUAGUGAAGAAGAACGUACUGAAUUGGCCAUACUCUACUUGAGAUGCUGUUUAAAGAUCAUUACUUUACUUUUCCCCAAUCAAGAUUUGGUUCUGAAGAAAGCGAAAACGCUAGUCUCAGUCCUCAGUGGUUUGGUUUCUGCAACGUAUGGGGGUAGUUCGUCUUUUGUGUUCACUCAUGACGAGUCCCGUCGUACGUUUCUUUGUACAGGGCUUGAGGUUUUCAUCGAUGAGGUUAUGGUGAAUAAUUCAAUCAGGGAUCUGCUUUUCCUUGUCGAUCCUGCAUUCUCCUCAUGUAUACUCUUCAGUAAGCAUGACUGGGCUGGUGUGGUGGAGAUGGUUUCCGCUCACUUUAUCUUAUCAGUGUCUGAUGAGAAAAUGAAUGAGAUGUAUGUUGAGAGAUUAUACUGGAAGCAAGUUAGUCCGGUUAGACCACCUCAGUUAACCAUGAGUGCUGCUACGUCCUUGCUGCUAGACCCCACGAUGUUCUCUCCACCAAGAAUGGUUCAUGCCUAUGUGGUUUUAUUGGUCUCUGAUGCCAUCAGUAGUUGUUGUGUUAAGGGAUUAGACCUUCAGCUUUUUGAUAGAUGCAUUGAUGCAUUUCACAAAUCUGUUGUUCUAUAUACACUGUACAUGAUUAAGGAAGAGAAUAACUCAUCUGGGAAGGUAGGUCGUUCGAUGAGUAGUUCUCGGAUGAGAGUAACUCAUCUUCUUUUGCCCUCAACACUGGAGAAAGUUAACGAGGUUACAUUGAAGCUGAACGCUUCAUGGGGUUCGUAUCAAAGUAACAACGCCAAGAGAGAAAAUGAUGAGCUGGUAGCGUGUUCUGUAGCAUACGCAAAGGAAAGCCUUAGUGUAUUUGAGAGCUCCUACCCAAACAGUAUGUUGGCACAGAUCUUAUCAGUUCUUGGUUGCGUGAUACGUAGAGCUAGUUCUGAUAAUGUCAUGGACUCUGUGUUGCAAAAGUACAGCGCAUCUGGUGUGGAAGAUCUAUACCUACUUGCAUCUAUACUGAAGCUGAUGAGUUGUUCGUUAUUGCAAGCUAUCCGAGUUCUCCAGCAUCGAUCUGAAGACGUUGGAGAUGUUCGAACUUGCAAGGAAUACAAAGCCAUAAUGGAUGUUGUUCAACGUUUCGAAAAGUUCAGUGUUCACUUACCCGGUCAAAGUUUCCUGCACGAUAAAAUGGAAUCUCAUCCUCAUGUACAUACAAAAUCUAAGUGGAUGCUUAUGCACUUUUCUGGCUUACUGUCCGUAAGCUUUGCACUUAAGGUUGACUUCCUAAUGAAAGGCUCCAUUUUUGGGUUGGUUGUAUCUCUGUAUUUAUUUAUCAUAGAAGGAGGUGACGUGAAAGCACUUGGGCACUCAGAAAGUCCGUCACCUUCCAUACCAUCCAGUGAUUACUUGGAAGCUUCUGGUAAAGCAGAAGAGACUGCAGUAGAUAGGAAACUGAGCGAGGCAGUUGCUUUGAGGUACCAAAAGAUCCGAACUUCGUACUUGGGGAAACUGUCUGAAGCUAAAGAUGCAGAGAAUGGUUCGGAUUCAGAAGUUGGUGUCGAAGAGAACAGCUGCAAUGGGGAGGAAUUUCUGUGGUGUAUGGCCGGGAAAGGCAACCUGAGAAGCAGCGACGUAGAGGAGUUGGCAGAUUUCGUAGUGUGUGAUCCCGGGAAGGAUUAUGCCGAUUGGCUAAAAGGGAGAGAACGGUUUCGUAGUCAAAAGUUGAGGAAGAUUGAUCUCCAAAGAUGGAAGAAGAAGCAAAAAGCUUGGAGAAAAAACAAAAGGAAGAAUGCCUGAACAAGUAAGCUAAUGUAAUCUUUUAUCUUUUUUGUAUAAAAGUGUUGUAUCUUGUUACAUUUUCAGGCUUACUAGUAACGACACUUAUGUAGAAAUGUGGUUUUCUAGCACUGUGGAAAGAACACUCUCAUAGCUAUAAAAUGUAACAUAAACUGUUUUCUAUGUAAAAGUACUUUGAAAGUGAUAUGUAAAAGUACUUUGAAAGGGAAGAGUCUCUCUACUUGCAUGUAAAUGAGGCAUAAGCUUAAGAGUUAAAAGAUCCCAAACUACAACAAAGCAGCCUCAGCUUGAUCACUACGUUUGAUCUAGAGAACAUAGUAGUAACCCAAGACAAGAAGUAUUAGUCCCACAAGAGCAGCUGCAGCCCAAACCCAGUAACUAGUCGACUUCUUACGCUUGAGGAUUGCUCUUGGGAGUGUUUCUGGUCCUCCUCUACUACGGAUUCUGUUCCUUAUUGGUUUCUCCUUCUGCG